GCGGGAACGCGCGAGGCCGCUGAAAGUUUGCCAAAGCCCCGGAGGGGCCGGUCCCGGGGACGUGAUUGGCAGCUGCGAGGGAGGGCGAGGACCGGGAGCCGAGACGGGGAGCAGGCUCGGGGCGGCGAGAGGUCCUGCCCAGCUGUUGGCGAGGAGUUUCCUGUUUCCCCUGCGGCGCCCGGGCGAAGUCGUGAGUCACUCGCGCGCCCGGCCCGACGACACUCCGCGCGCGCACCCGCCGGCCGGGCCGGCCUCCCGCGCAGCUCCCCUCGGCCGCCGGGCCCCCCGCACCUCGCCCACCGCCACCCUCUGCGGCGCCACAUCUGGCCGCACCGCUGCUCCGCGCGGGUCCGCAGGGCGCGGCGCGGAGGCGCGGCGUGCGCGCUCGGGCCGGUCUAUGCGGAGCGGCGGGGGCUGCCAUGGGCCGGGGGCUGCUUGGGGGCCUGUGGCCGCUGCACAUCGUCCUGUGGACACGCAUCGCCAGCACGAUCCCGCCUCACGUUCCCAAGUCCGUUAACAGUGACAUGAUGGUCACUGACGACAAUGGUGCCGUCAAGUUGCCGCAGUUGUGUAAAUUCUGUGAUGUGAGAUUGUCCACCUGUGACAGCCAGAAGUCCUGCUGGAGCAACUGCAGCAUCACGGCCAUCUGUGAGAAGCCGCAAGAGGUCUGCGUGGCUGUCUGGAGAAAGAAUGAUGAGAACAUCACACUGGAGACGGUCUGCCAUGACCCCAAGAUCGCCUACCAUGGAUUUGUCCUUGACGACGCUGCUUCUUCAGAGUGUAUUAUGAAGGAAAAAAAGGGGUCUGGAGAGACUUUCUUCAUGUGUUCCUGCAGCUCCGAAGAGUGCAACGACCACAUCAUCUUCUCCGAAGAAUACGCCACCAACAACCCCGACUUGCUGUUGGUCAUCUUCCAAGUGACAGGUGUCAGCCUCCUGCCGCCGCUGGGCAUCGCCAUUGCUGUCAUUGUCACCUUCUACUGCUACCGCGUCCACCGGCAGCAGAAGCUGAGCCCGGCCUGGGACUCGGGCAAGCCGCGCAAGCUGAUGGAGUUCAGUGAGCACCUGGCCAUCAUCCUGGAGGAUGACCGCUCCGACAUCAGCUCCACCUGCGCCAACAACAUCAAUCACAACACGGAGUUGCUGCCCAUUGAGCUGGACACCCUGGUGGGCAAAGGGCGCUUCGCCGAGGUCUACAAGGCCAAGCUGAGGCAGAACACGUCUGAGCAGUUUGAGACCGUGGCCGUCAAGAUCUUCCCCUAUGAAGAAUAUGCCUCCUGGAAGACGGAGAAGGACAUCUUCUCGGACAUCAACCUCAAGCACGAGAACAUCCUACAGUUCCUGACAGCUGAGGAGCGCAAGACGGAGCUGGGCAAGCAGUACUGGCUGAUCACCGCCUUCCACGCCAAGGGCAACCUGCAGGAGUACCUGACGCGCCACGUCAUCAGCUGGGAGGACCUGCGCAGGCUGGGCGGCUCGCUGGCCCGUGGCAUCGCACACCUACACAGCGACCACACGCUGUGCGGCCGACCCAAGAUGCCCAUCGUGCACAGGGACCUCAAGAGCUCCAACAUCCUGGUCAAGGGAGACCUCACCUGCUGCCUCUGUGACUUCGGCCUCUCCCUGCGGCUGGACCCCACUCUGUCUGUGGAUGACCUGGCCAACAGCGGGCAGGUGGGAACGGCGAGAUACAUGGCUCCAGAGGUCCUAGAGUCCAGGAUGAAUCUGGAGAAUGUCGAGUCCUUCAAGCAGACAGAUGUCUACUCCAUGGCCCUGGUGCUCUGGGAGAUGACGUCUCGCUGCAGCGCAGUGGGAGAAGUGAAGGAUUAUGAGCCUCCAUUCGGUUCCAAGGUGCGGGAGCAUCCCUGUGUCGAAAGCAUGAAGGACAACGUGUUGAGAGAUCGAGGACGACCCGAAAUCCCAAGCUCCUGGCUCAACCACCAGGGCAUCCAGAUGGUGUGUGAGACGCUGGCCGAGUGCUGGGACCACGACCCCGAGGCCCGGCUCACGGCACAGUGUGUGGCCGAGCGCUUCAGUGAGCUGGAGCACCUGGACAGACUCUCGGGCAGGAGCAGUUCAGAGGAGAAGAUUCCCGAAGACGGCUCCCUGAACACUACCAAAUAGCUCUUCCAGCGGCUGGCCGAGUGUGGCUGCCCCUGUGGCCAAAGAACAGAGGCAGCAGGAAGCUGCCCCUGAACGAUGCUUCCUGGAACCCCGGGGCCGCUCCCUCCCCCCCGAGCUGGGGAGGGGGUGACAGGAAGCGUCCUAUGUCUUUGACUUUGUCAUAGGAUAAGCUGUGUUAGCACUUCCUCAGGAAAUGAGAUUGAUUUUUACAAUAGCCAAUAACAUUUGCACUUUAUUAAUGCCUGUAUAUAAAUAUGGAAUAGCUAUGUUUUAUAUAUAUCUAUAUAUGUUUAUAUCUAUCUAUACGGCCAUACUCUAGAAAGAGGUGAGGAAAAAGAUCAAAUAUGCCCAAGAAAUGGGUUGGAUGGGCGAGCUUGGCACUGAGCACAGAAGGAAGGGCUCUGGGGCAGCCUCAGCACUUGGCAGUCACUCGUGUGCUGGGCCUCUGAGCACA